AUGUCCUUUGUAAAAGAACAGAUUGCUGAGAGACAUAGGCGGGUUGAGAGGAUCAAAUUCUCCAUCCAAACGUCCCUCUCAACACAUUUCCCUAUCACCUUCUCUAAAAACCUAUCCUUCUCUUCCAUGCUACAGCUUGAUCUGGUCGCCCUUCUUUAUUUUGUCAUUGCAAUAAACUACCUUAGCAAACAGGCAUCCCAGUUACCUUACUCGUUCUGCUACACAAUAGCCGUAAAUAGUCAGGAACUCAUAUCUUGGAACAGGAGUGAGCUGAAGGAGUUCAAGGGUUGUCUGAGCGGUGAUGGGUUGGCGGCGCUGCCUCCCAGCCUGGAGCAGCUGUCCCUGGCUCUGGUGGAUGACGACCAAGCUCGUAACCUCCUGCCACGGCUACACGCUGCUGUCACCUCCCGACUACCUCGGCUGUGGCUCCUUGAGGUGCGAGUAGCAGCAAGAGUGACCCCGGCAGCGUUGGUGCCCUUACCCAGGCCGCAGCAAGUGACCCCAGCAGCGCCGGGCACCAGGGGAGUGUGGCUGGAGCUGAGUGAUGUGAGCGACGCUGGUGUGAGCCGCGCUUGUCAUGUGGCCAGCCUGCUACAGCCUCCUGGCGGGUACGGGACGAUAAGCUACCCCGGCGCCACCAUGACAGCGGCCGGCUGCGAGGACAUGAUCCGUGACCUCCGUCAUCACAGAGUGAAGGUGGAGCAGUUUGUGGUCCCUCGCGCCAUCCCUCUCUCCGACCACCAGCUGGACCACCUCAUUACCCUUGCUAGGACCAUGCGCGGGUCUUACUUCUGGAGGUGAGUCUCUCUCUCUCUCUAAC